AUGGAAGAGACACUUGCUGACAAGAACCAAGCAUAUUGGGACCAUGCUGCCCAGGAUGUGUUCAAAGCAGAAUGGGUACAGGAUAUACAAGCUCAGAUUGCUGAGUUCUUGAAGGGUAGUGUGGACUGGAUAGGUAUUCAAUCUCCGACCGGUGACAAUGGUCGGCCGACAAAGAUGAUGGACUAUGCCUGUGGAAAUGGCACUGUUUCUCGCUACCUGCACCCUCAUUUUUCUAAAUGCAUUGGCGUCGACCUGGCAGAUGGCAUGCUGAACGAAUAUCGUGCAACAGCAGCGGAACUAGGCGUCGACGAGUCGCGCAUGUUGGCCAUCAAGGGCAAUCUACUAGCUCCCGCCAUCGCAUCGACUGAGCCUCCACUUAGUGAGGAGGAAAUGAAUGGGUUCGACUUGGUGGCUAUUUGUAUGGCAUUGCACCAUGUGGAAGACAUCUCUUUGGCUACCAAACGUCUCGCCGAGAGACUCAAGCCAGGUGGUGUGUUUCUCAUCAUUGACUGGGCGACGCGUGAUUUGCCGAAAGAGACUGAACAUCAACCUGGGAUGCAGGCAACUCCCUCUGUUCCGGGGGAUCACCAUCACCACCACCACCACCAUCAUCACCAUCAUCACCAGAUGCUCGAGAUAAUUGAUUCGAAGCACCCUGCAGCACAUACCAUCUCGCACGACAGCUUUUCCAAGGAUCAGAUACUCCACCUGUUUGAACAAGCGGGCUGUGGAGAGUCGCAAUUCAUGCUGGCGGAUCGAGUAUCGCCCGUUCCCGGUGCUCGGAGUGGGGAGAUGCAGCUGUUUUGGGCUCGUGCAACUAAAAUGUAA